UUACGGCUGGUUGUUAGACCUUUAGCGGUGUGAACAUUGACGCUACGGAAAACUACAGCUCCCUACACAAAUAAGGGCGCCGUACUGAGAUUUGUUUUUAGCUUAGCUGGUACACACGAGUGAAAUUGUAACCGAGGAAAAAAAUUAUAAUUUAAAUUUAUAUCGCUUUUCUCUAAACACUGUCGAAAACGUCUUGCGUAUCCCCAUCUUUCUGGAGUUAGCUUGCUGCCAUGCCGGUGCACCGCGACCGGGAGAAGAAAGAGAUUACAGCAGAGGAGAUGGAGGUGGAGGAGCAUGAGCAAGAGGCGUCCAGCUCAGAGGAGGAGGAUUCUGACUCUUCGUCUGUUUCCGAGGAUGGAGACAGCUCUGAAAUGGAUGAGGAGGACUGUGAGCGGAGAAGGAUGGAGUGUCUGGAUGAAAUGACCAACCUGGAGAAACAGUUCACCGAUCUUAAAGACCAGCUGUAUCGUGAGCGUCUCAGUCAGGUGAACAGCAAGCUGUCAGAGGUGGAGGCUGGCCGGGCAGCAGAAUAUUUGGAGCCUCUGGCUGUACUGUUGGAGAACAUGCAGGUCCGCACCAAGGUGGCAGGUAUCUACAGAGAGUUGUGUCUGGAGUCCUUGAAGAACAAGCAUGAGUGUGAGAUCCAGGCUGCAUGCCAGCACUGGGAGAGUGAGAAGCUGCUGCUGUUUGACACAGUACAGAGUGAACUGGAGGAGAAAAUUCGAAGACUGGAAGAAGACAGACACAGCAUAGAUAUUACAUCAGAGUUGUGGAAUGAUGAGUUAUCAGGAAGGAAGAAGAGGAGAGAUGCCUUAAGCCCAGAUAAGAAGAGGAGACGGCCGUCAGUGGUGUCUGGCCCAUAUAUUGUUUACAUGCUACCUGACUUGGACAUCCUGGAAGACUGGACAGCUAUUAGAAAGGCCGUGGCUACGCUGGGUCCCCACAGAGGGAAGUCCGACUCUGACAGCCCUGUUUUCCCAUUCAGACAAGACAGAAACAGGCCCAUUCUCAACUGCUAAGGAACACACAACCAUACCCAUACAAUACAAUGCAUGUAUGAAAAUGACACACAGCUGUCCAUUUCUCUGAAUCUUCCCACAACCCACUUCACUCCUCUGCUAACAGUGACACCCGUCAGUAAGCUGCAGACACACUAUAAGGACUCACAGGUUUAAAUCCCUUUUUAAAGGACAACAGGAAUAGAAGCAUUACAUUUACUGACGAUAGAACUCAGUACUUGAAUUAGGCUCUCGAUUUCAUUUGUUUGUGUUUACUCAGUGGACAGGUAAAAUAUUUACCUAUUAGAGUUUCAGUUAGUAACGUUUAUAAAAAAAUUACUUCUGCUAUCACAAAUUUUUGCUCAAACUAUCUAUAUCCUGACAGUACGACAUGAGACAGUGAAUCUGUGUAAAAAGUCAUGGCCCUCUUCCUCCUCCUGGUGCUCCUAAUGGCAGUCUCUAACGCAGUGUCAAUGGCUUGUGAACUGAUGUCUGUUAGAUGUAAAACAACAAAAUUACAGCUAAACAGUACACUAAAAUAUGUUUCUGAAAAAAUGUAUGGUGAAAUAGGCUAUGCAGUGAUAGAAUCUUGAUUUCAUAUUUUAUCAGCGCUGCCUAGCUGUACAGUGGGACCGCAGUUUACGCGCAGUGGGAUCUUGCAGAUGCCUUUACGAGCACUAGGGGGAGGCAGAUGAACAAAUUAUCUGUCUCAACUACUACUGUCAAGAUAUAGUAACAGUUUCACCAAAUAUAAGUUAUUUUUUAUAAAAGUUAGCAACUGCAGCUUUAUUGGACAGUAAUAACAAAAACUGUGAUACCCAUAGUUCAACUUUAUAAAGAAAAAAUCAAGCAUUGAACUUUUUUUCGAGGAUAUUGGAGCUUUUAAAUUUUUUUUUUUUUUAAAGGAGCAUUCAAACCAGUAAGUUACAAACCUGUCAGGUUUUGUUUUCCAGACUCCACAUUAUUCUUUGUAAUUGUAAGCACUAAGAUUAUUGACGAAGCUUCCAAUGACAUAUGGGGAAAUCGUUUAUGGUUUAUAUAUGAAGCUGUUUGAUUGUGCCAUGACAUAUAUUAAAUAGUUGUUCUUUGAUUUUGAUCAGUUUUAAUGUUAUUACUUCUAAUUAUUACUUUUUCUUAUGGUGUUUUGAAUACAGUGGUUAGGUGGUAAUCAUAUGACAGUGCAGAGACAGAGUGUGCAGUUUUGCACUCCGCAGUGCCUACUUUUGAAGUUCAGUUUUUGUCACGUUCUUUUGGUUUUGUGAUGCAUCUUGGCAUUUUUAAGAGUUACAGUUUGGGUGCAGUAGUAGUGUUUGAGACAAACUUAGUGAUAGCAGUAAUUACAUUGCUAGAUAAGGCAAAAGAUAUUUCAAGGUUGUGUGUGCAUACGUGACCAAUACAGACUUAGUCAGACUAGUUAUAUGGUAUUAUAACCAUAUAAAUAUAAUCCAAAUUAUAUUUAUACUGGACUAUUUUAGGCAUCAACUAACCCUUUUCAAGCUGCCAGUGUACUUCCUCAUACCACCAGCUGUGUUGGUGGUGAAAAGAGCAUAGCAAACAAAAAAAAAGGGAUAUUUCAGUAGAUCGUCUUCUUGACCAUAUUGACCAUAUACAGUUUUAAUGAUACCUGGGCAUUUUGAAUCUUUUUUUCCUUAAACUCUUUUAUAAAAUCUUAUAUUUUUGUUAACAUAGCUGGUUAUUUUCAUGUGGCUUGUCUACUAAAGUCAAUUCCCCUCUUUAAUUACCACUGUAAUUGCAAAUCAGUGUCAAUAAUGCAAUGAGUUAUUGUAACCACAUUAUAAACAAUUAUUUUAGGGGCAAAUGGAAUACCAAGCUAUCCCUUUAAAGUUGUUAUCCAACAGAUAUUACUGUUACAUUAUCUUAUUACACAUCUACCUCCUCUCUCUAUCUCUCAGUACUAGUAUAUCUCAGUCUUUAAAGUAAUGUCCAUGUUUGCAUUAUUGCUCAUGAACAUGAAAAUGCUUUUUUUUUUUAAAAUAUCUUUAAAAGCCUACUGUGGCGAUGACUAAUGACAGGGAAGGAACCAAACAAUGGCCUUCUAAUCACACCCCGCCAAUGAAUCUUCAUAUAUACAACUCACUGGUUAUGAAGGAGGAUGAACAACCUGCCAUUCCAUAAUAUUGUUUUUAUAAAGAGUUUUUCUGAAGAUAAAGGUAAUGGAGAUGUUAAAUAUUCAAAUCAAUAUUUUGACAAUUUAUGUAAAUAUUGUGUCAGGUACAUUUGUGUCUUUCUUGUUGGUGCUGUGGGUGGGUUUUACAAUUAAAAGUUGUUUUAUAAGUA